UGUUUGGUAACUCAACAGCACAAGUUACACAAGCAAGGAUAAUUUUAUAAUAGCAGCAUUUCACAACUUUUACAUCAGUUUGCACGCUCAGCACAUGCGUCCGAGAAAGCAAUUAUGUCUUCUCCUUUGGCUGGUACUACAAUAAAAAUGGUCAACCUGAAAUCAUAGAAUAGAAUAUCAUUGACGUCCACGCCUCACCUUCCAUUUAUGAGACAAAACAAUACAUUGCCUACAUUUGAGUCGACUUACAUCAGGAGUCGGAAGAACAUUUAUCGCUUUGGGCUGAAUAACGCGGAACUCCAAAGUAAAGUCAGUAUGUUUGAUAUGACAGUGUAAAUAUCAAUCGCGAGCAGAGAGAGCGAGCGCCUCGAUCUUGGACAACUACAGCGCGCGAAUUUUCUAACGUAGAAUUCUUCAAGUGGAGUAGGACACAGAAAGGAGUUUGUCGUCGCCAUGGAGUUGAAUUCAGUGCUUUUGACUGCGGGUGGCUCUAUUGGUUUUUUUAAACUUGUCAACUGUGGUGUCAGUAAACUCCCUAUUCCUGAGACUGCUUGCAGAAAUGCCUGGAAAUGGAGAAAUAUCUGCACAUCUUUCACCCACAGUCUGAUAACUGGGAUAUGGGCUGUACUAUGCUUUUUCGUACACCCACAGAUGGCCGAAGAUUUGAUAGGAACCCAUUCUGUGUUCUCGCACACGUUGGUUUCUGUAUCAAUUGGCUACUUCAUCUAUGACUUCCUUGAUAUGGUGCUCAACCAGAAGAUGAUCCUGUCAUGGGAGCUCCUAUUCCAUCACACAGUGGUGAUCAGCUGUUUCGGCAUCACCGUCCUGACCGGUCGCUACGUGGGCUUUGCUGUGGUGGCCCUCCUGGUUGAGAUCAACUCUGUGUUCCUCCACCUGCGGCAGAUCUUACGCAUGGCCAACCUAGCAGAGGGCGACCUCUACCGCAUCAACAGCAUGGUCAACCUAGGUACCUAUGUGGUGUUCCGGAUCAACACCCUGGCCUGGAUGACCCGCUGGCUGGUCCUGAACCGGGACAACAUCCCCCUGUUCAGCUACACAGCGGGGAGUGUAGGGCUAGCCAUUAUGACCGCCAUGAAUAUAGUGCUCUUCUACCGCCUGCUGAGGUCUGACUUCCUCAAGAGUAGUACACCCACGCCCACGGAUUGUAAAGAGAGUAGAGGGCAAGGAGAGGGAAAGAAGGAGACGUAGGAAGGGAGGGAGGGAGAAGAGAUAAUGGCAGAGAUUGUAUAAUGGCAGAGAUGGAUGAGAUGUCCUUGAGUAUUCGAGAGGGUGAGCAGGAUGUAUGAACACACGAGGUACAGGCGUUUACAAUUCACACACACAAGGUCCAUUGAAUGAUAGCCAAAAAGAAGUGACACAUCUAUGAAAUAAUGUGUGUGUAUAUAUGUGUACUGUGUGUGUGUGCAGGAUAAUGUGCUCUACUGUACCUUAGAAAGUUUGGGUUCUCACCCAAUCGGUCGUGUAUAUAUAUAUAUAUUCAUAUUCAAAGGUUUGGACACACCUACUCAUUCAAGGGUUUUUCUUUAGUUUUACUAUUUUCAACAUUGUAGAAUAAUAGUGAAGACAUCAGAACUAUGAUAUGACGUAUGGAAUCAUGUAGUAAAGAAAAAAAGUGUAAAACAAAUCAAAACAUAUUUUAGAUUUUAGAUUCUUUAAAGUAGCCACCCUUUGCCUUGAUGAUAGCUUUGCACACUCU